AACCAAGGAUAAAUACCAAAAAAUCGCCAAAAUGAUAUCGAACUAUGCGGAGCUGUUUCUCAUCUGUGCCAUCAUACUGAUGCCAAUAUUCUACGAAACGUCGAGCCGAUUCCGGUACUACUUUAAAUUCGUCGUCUACUACGGUGUUGUCAUAAUGAACUCCUUCCUGCUGAUACCCGUCUUCCUGUUUCGGCCCUGCGAUGUGCGGAAUCUGAUAUUAGCGAGCAAAUUCUGCCGGAUAGCAUCACCAAUCGUCAGCAUCAAAUGGGAAGUCCGUGGUGCCGAACAUAUGAGUGCCGAUCGUGCCAUGGUAAUGGUGGCAAAUCAUCAAAGCUCGCUCGAUAUUUUAGGAAUGUUUGAUUUCUGGCACAUUAUGGACAAGUGUACGGUGAUCGCUAAACGGGAACUGUUCUUUGCCUGGCCCUUCGGACUGGCCGCCUGGUUGUCCGGGCUGAUCUUCAUCGAUCGGCGGCACCCGCAGCGUGCCCAAACCGCCAUGAACGAAUCGACCAAAAUGCUCAUCAAAAAACGCACCAAGCUGUGGGUGUUUCCGGAAGGCACACGCCGUACAACGAACGAAAUACACCCAUUCAAGAAGGGUGCGUUCCAUGUGGCGGUCCGUGCCCAGCUACCGAUACUACCGGUCGUGUACAGCUCCUACCACACGUUCCUGGACGAUCGGAACAAGGUGAUGAAUCCGGGUCACGUGAUUGUGACCGCUUUGCCACCGAUCGAAACCAAAGGACUUACCAACGACGACAUACCGGAGCUUAUCGAGCGCACGCGUAAUGCAAUGAUUGAAACGUUCAAAGCGACCACGAAGGAGGUUGAGAAUCGGUUCAAUCUGAGCGGACAUGGGAUCACACCGGCCAAGGGUACAGCGACAGUAAUUUCGCGUAUUGCAGCCGCAAUGCCAAGCUCGGUACGAACCGUUAAUAGUACUAGUGCCGGUGUCACCGUACCCGGCGGCAUUACGUCCCUCAUCGAACCCGAGCCACGGAAAAUUGGAUCCCUGAUCGGGGGCGAUGCAUCACCGAUCAAGGAACCGACCGCCUACCGGCGCAAGGAUGUACAACGAGAUUAG